CCAUUUCUUAACUUAAUGUAGGUAACCCUGUUAUGUGUAACUGAGCUAGUUAAUAAUAAACAGAGACACUCGAUUUUGUCCAGUCACCUCAGUCUUCACUCUUCUCCCCUCCACUCUCUUUCACCCACACCUCUUUUUUCUUCUCCACCCUUGCCUCUUCUCCUCUCCCUUUCUCUUAUCGAUCUCCUUGUUGUUCCUUCCCUCCUCCUUCCCAUCCCUCCUUCUCUCAACUCUGGAGGUAUUCUCAUUUCCUUAAUUCCCCUAGUCUCCUUAAUCUCAUCAUACAUAUUCUAUCUACAAUCUCGUCAAUCGAAACCGUUAUUUAUUUAUUUACCAUCAUAACGUCAUGCCACACAAUGCCCCAAAUCCAACAGAGAGUAGUUAUAACAACACCUCCCCUCAGGAAAGCAAUAGUUCAUUAGACGACGCCGCUGGACCCCGAUCCCCAUAUUUAGAACUCAUUGAACAGUCUUUCUUUUCAGAGCAGGAUCUGUCCUUACCUGAGCGAGACAUUUCAAGCCCAAUAAUAACGCACGCCAACUCGCCCUACAUACAGACGCACGCUAGCUCUCAAAAACCUAAAGAUCGCAUCAUGAAUGCCUUCAAACGUGGAAGCAAGGACACACUCACUCCUGACAGAACGCCUUCACCAAUCAAUUAUUCGCAUUCCGUCCAUGCGAGAGCACAACUUCAACCUGAAGCAAGCACCGCCCCUGUAAUCGUUCAAAAAUCAAACUCGUCUUAUAUCACGGACGGAUCACUAUCAUCCCUUUCUACCUCAGUAUCUGCGGCGACGCCAGUCAUGCCUAAGAUUACUCCCAAACAAGGUCAUGAAAGCGGCAACAGUGAUACGCUUUUAAUUCCUGAUAAUGCACAAUCGACUCCAAUGCAACAGCAGCAGGAUAUCCCCGUUCCCGCUCCAUACAGGGCACCGCCCAUCAACAAUUCUACUAACUCUAUGAUUUAUAACAACAACAACCAUAACAGUGGCAGCAACAACUACAAAAACAACUAUUUGCCGCCCACAGCGGCACUUGCAAUUAAUGGCAGUCUUACUCGCCCGGCAUCACCAUUUGCCGCUGCAAACUCAAAUAAUGGGUCCUCUGAUGGUCGUGAAAAGACCAAUAGUCUGGGCUCGACAUACCAUGGGUCCAGGAACAGCUCUGGACUGGACCCCAGCUACAAUCUUACACGAACUGACUUGACUUUGGAAGGCCUUGCAGACCGAUGGCGUGCAUAUCAAGCUCUUAUGAAGAAGCGUUACACUGAGUAUCCCUUUUAUAAACGCUGGACGAAAUCAAAGUGGAUCCUCAUCUUUUCAAAUCUUUUAUUGCUUGCGUACUCAUGCGCAGUCCUUGCUAUUACUAUUGGGUACAUAAUGAAGAAAUGGGAAUUGUCGGUUCUAGUCAUGGAAUUCCAUCAUAAACUCGUCUAUUUGGCGUGUGCCGCAUCAGUAGCAGGCAUUGCCACAGCGGGCAUUGGCUUUGUUGGUAUUUUCCGUGAGAACAGGAUAUGGCUUUCUGCGUAUGCUGUUCUUCUUUGGCCCGUAUUUGCACUUUACAUGUCUAUUGGUUAUAUUUCUUUCCGACGCGCCAAAUCUCAUCUUCGAGCACAUGUCAAGGACGAGUGGAUCCAUGACUACAGCCGUCAGCAGCGCCUUCUUGUUCAGCACAAUCUGUGGUGCUGUGGGUACCAAAGUGCAAGCUGGUAUGGAGCAUACGAUUCACGCUGCUUCCCUCUAACCACGCUACCAGGAUGCCAACAUAAAUAUAAUGUAUUUGAGGCGAAGCUUUUGAAAACCUGCUGGACCAUCGUAUUCUCGAUCGCACCCUUUCAUAUUUUUGUGAUGCUUGUAGCGUUGUUGUGCUCCAACCAUAUCGACGGCAUGCUGCGAUCCGGCCGGCCUGGAUUAAAGAGUUUUAAAGAAGAGAAACAGGAAUGAAUGUUUUUUUAUACAUAUUACACGCAAACUAAUGCACUUCCAUUUGGACCGUAACACUCAUUUAUUACCACUAAUAAGCAUAAAAAGUAUACAGUUUUACACCCAAUAACCAUCGUCCACUGUCUCUAUUUUGUCUAUACAUCGCUCUUCAUAUUGCAGUAUGCAAUCAUAAGGAGACAUGGAGC